AUGGCGAAAGAGAAGGUUGCAAUUAUUGGAGCUGGUCCAAGUGGAUUGACUGCGGCAAGGUGAGAUUUUUUUUUUGAUUUUUAUUUUUUUUUCCACAGCAAGAGUUAAAAUUCUGAUUAAAAAAAUUCUGAAUUCAUUCCAAAUUUGUGAAAAAUCAAAAAAAUCUUCAAAAAACAUUUUAGGCAAGCCCUUGAAGCCGGCUUUGAACCAGUGGUUUUGGAGCGUCGUAACCGUUUCGGAGGUCGCUGGAGUUUCACCGAAGACAAGAAAUGUAAGCAAACAUUGGGAUUUUUCAAAAAAUUAUUUUAGAUAUUACCCAUCUCCCAUCGACUCGGACAAAGUAUUCAAAGAUUUCCUCGAGUUUCAGCGAUUUCCCCAUUUCCGAUCAUUUCCCGCAAUUUUUAAGCCAGCCGGAAGUCUUGGAAUACUUGGAAAAUUACGUGGAAAAGUUUGAUUUGAAAAAAUUUAUCAAGUUAGAGACUAAUGUAGUUGGCAUUCGAAGGCACAAGAAGUACGAUGACAAUGGAAUUUUUGUGGUCGAUUAUGAAAAGUGAGUGGUUUGGAGAUUGUUUUAUUUUUUAUACAGGGUGCGGCAAAAAAUGGAAACUUUUUUUAUAACAACAUCAAACAAUAUAACAUGAAACAAUACAAUAUCAAACAUUACAACGUGAAACAAUACAACAUAAAACAGUACAACAUCAAAUGGCCUUUGGUAGCUUGUACACUGGACACCCUAACUGCCGCUGGAUCUCUCCGCACCACCAUGACCAACGGCUGCCAUGGAAUUCGCCGGAAAACGAUGCUUUAGAGUAUAUCCCGUCGGCGAAGUGAGCCAGCUCGCGCAUCACAACACCAAAGCAAGGGCUGCCGCUAGUCUCAGUAAACGGGACGAAAACCAGAACGUUUGUUUAGGACGCUCUUGUGCGUACACCUUUAACGUCGACCUUAGAACGAAUUCGAACCUUUUCACGAGCAUCCGCCCAAACGCUAGCAUUGAGACAGCACGUACCACCUCUUGUACCAUCAGUCCGCGUUCUCCAUUUUCCGCAUUCACAUAUUGCUUCAGUGCGUCCUUCAGCCUUUGAUUCCAUCUAUCAACCUCCUCCUUACUCAAAUUGUCAGAAAGACCUCUGUCUUAAAAGUAGACAUCCAAUGAAUCCGUGAUACCGCCCGAGCUUUACGAAGGCGACGUACUCCUUCGCGCGGGUUCGGACUAGCCAUGUAUUGGACUCGCCUUCUAUACAAAUCCUCCACCGAUCUUUUCAAGAACACCACCAUCGCCUUUUUGCUGUCCUUUAAGAACUUCGCAUCGACCUCCGACCUCUGUGCUUGUGGCACCUCUCCAGCCAUCUCGUUCACAUCGGCCCUGUCCUCUUCAUUCUGCCUCGAGGGGGUCUUCCGUUUUUUUUUUAUAUUUUUUGUUAUCCCUGUACGUGCCUGGCCUUUUCGCUGCUCCAAGGCGUUUGUCAGAAGGACAGCAUCCAGUCCGAUGAGGCCCUAUGCACGUUGGCUAACGUCGAAGACCGCUAAAAUUCCUGUCAUCGCCUAAGGCGGAAUUUGUUGCAAAGUACAUACGCCAGAGAUUACUCCAUGAACAAAAAGUGUUUUUCUCCGGAGUUGGACGACUAGGGAAACCAAAAACAUUAUUUUUCGUCGAUGCAAAUGUCGAAAUUAGGUAUUUAGUACUACCUGAUACUAUAUAGUACGAGGUGAAAAUAGCAGUACUAUAUAGGCACCAGAACAACACCACUAACGCAUAAGGGUCAAAUUUUAACCUCGUACUACAGAGUAUCAGGUAGUACUAUAUAGCACUAGACGGAAAGUUAACAUGAUUUUCGAAAAUUAGCACCAGAUACGCCAUAAUAUUUUCAGAUCUGGCCAACGGUACUCUGAAGAAUUCCCGUACGUUUUACUGGCGCUCGGGCGCACUCAUAAACCUUGGAGACCCAAUCCUUAUCGAAAAGAGAAGGAGUUCAAGGUAAGAACUUUACUUAUUCGAUGAGACAGUCUUAGCAAGAGAUACAACAGUGAUUUUUCAGGGCAAAAUCAGUCAUUCCGCGGAAUACAAGGGAAAUUCCGCAUUCGAGGGACAGAAAGUGGUGAUUGUUGGGUUCGGCGACAGUGCGGUGGAGAUUGCAAAUGAUUUGUCGUUUGUUGCGAAAAAGGUGUGGCUUUUUUUAAAAAAAAAAUCAAAAAAAAAAUUUUUUGCAAUUUUUACAAAACAGAGAGCACAAAAUUAUUUUUUUUACGAAAAAUUCAUAGAGAUACGGCCAAAAAAUGAGAUUUUUCUCUGACCGCUCUCCUCACUUUCCAUAGUCUCUCGAAGAAAAAGAAAAAAUUGUGGAAUAACUUGGUUCAACUUGCUUCUCAUCUCCUUAAAUUUUCACAAAUUGACACUUGAGGUAUUUAGAAGAUAUUUAUAAAAAAAUUUGAAAAAAAAAAUAAAUUUCAAAAAUUCAAAAAAAAAAUUUUUUUUUUUAAUUUUUGUUAUAAAAACAGGUAAUAAUCUGCGCACGUCACGGAGAAUGGCUAAACUAUCGUGCCGACCCCUCUGGCCAUCCCUUGGACCAUGAAUUUAACUCAAGAUUUAUGGGAAAUCUCCGCAAAAUCGUGCCGAAACCGGUUUUUAACAAAAUCUGGGAAAAAUAUUCCCUUUCCCAAUUGAAUUUGGAGCAACAUGGAGUGGAAAGGCCAACUUUCGGAUACUGGAAUACCAUUCCGACGUUCGCGGAUGGACUGAAGGAGCAUUUGAAGAGCGGAAAGAUCCGCUUUGAAAAGGAUUUUUUGAGUUUUGAUGAGAAAUCGGUGGAAUUUAGCGAUCGAAAAGCCGAGAAUAAUGUGGAUCAUGUAAGUUUUUUUGAUGACUUUUUAAAAAAAACUAAUUUUUAUCUAAAUUUCUAUAUUUUUUAAUCAAAAAAAUGAAAAAAAAAUUUACAUAAUUUCAGGUGAUUUUCUGCACUGGCUACGAGUUCGAUUUUUCGUUGUUGGAAAAUGGGACGAUGAUUCGUGUCCGCGACAACGACAGUCAACUUUAUUUGCACAUGUUUGAUCCGGAAAUUUCGCGAGGAAAUCUGGCAAUUAUUGGGUUGGCCAACCCAUUUGGCCCGAAUUGGCCAAUCGCGGAAUUGCAGGUGGGUUCCACUUACAGGGCAAGUACUCCAAGUGCGACGCUCAGAUUUUGAUGAAACUUGGCACAAAUUUAAAAUAAUUUUUUCUAAAAUAUAUGCGAGAAUCCUGGCUCGCGCUUUGCGGAAACAACCGACAUUUUUAGAUCGAAAGUCGGCCAAAAUUUAGGACUUUUUGCGGAAUUUCGGCACGAAAAGUCUCAUGCCUAUUUCUACCAUAAAGGAUAAUGUUUCGACAAAAAAUCAAAUUUUUUCGCUCGAAACUGCCAAAGUUAUGGCCAAAAGGCGCUUUUCUCCCUGACCGCUCUCCACGUUUAGCGUGCUCUUUCGGCUGCAAAAAUCGUUCGAUAUCUCGGCGGCGCCCGCAAAACGCGAGCUAAAACUUUCAGGAAUUGAUAUUUACUCCAUACCCGACGUGUGUGCAAAAUUUAAAGAAAAUCUGAGCGUCGCACUUGGAGUACUUCCCCUGUUAGAUACGACAUAAAAAUCAACCCUUAUAGGAGAAGGGCUCAUUUCGACGCUCAGAUUUUGAUGAAACUUGGCACAAAUUUCGACUGAAUUUUUCUAUGGCAUAUCCGAGAUUUUUAGCUCGCGCUUUGCAGAAACAACCGAGAUUUUUAGAUCGAAAGUUGGGAAAAAUGUAACAUUUUUUUGUUGAUUUUUGACAUGAAAAGUUUCAUUUCUAUUUCUAGAGUGGAUAAUAAUUUUUCUACAAAAAACCAAUUUUUUCCGCCCAAAACUGGCAAAAAUACGGCCAAAAGAUGUUUUUAUCUCUGACCGCACUCCGUUUUUCGCAUACUCUCUCGGCCGGAAAGAUUGUUGAAUAUCUCGGCAGUCGCUGAAAAGUCCGAGCUAAAAGUUUCAAGAAUUUAUGUAUGGCCUCUGCCCGACAUGUGCGCAAAAUUUGAAGACAAUCUGAGCGUCGCACUUGGGGUAACUUUCAUCGAAAAAAUUGACAAAAAUUCCAAAAAAUUCCAUUUUUUCUUUGAAAAAUCAACGUUUAUUCAAAAAAAAAUUUUUUAAAGAUAUUUUUUUACACCUCCAUCAGAUCAUUUUUCAUCUUUUUCGCCGUUCCAAUCCCUUUUUUAACUAGAGAUCGCGAAUAAAAACAACAAUUUUCGACUGCAUUUUCGUUGGGAGGGAAAUAAAAAAAUGAUUUUUUGCUUUUUUUAUAUUUUUAACAGGCGAAUUAUCAGUCUGUCGGGAAAAUAAUGAGCACAAUAUCGUUGCGACAAUCGCGUCGCUGAAAAAAAAUUUUUUGAUUUUGCCGCGACACAAUUCAUUUAUUCAGCGGCGGCGAUUUUCUUCGACUGGGUGCUCAUUAUUUUCCCGACAGACUGACAAAUCUCAAAAAUUUAAAAUUUUUCAAAUUUUUUUUUUUUUUUUUGAAAUGCUAAAAAUCGAACUUUAAGGCUCGAGUGUUCUUCGCUCUGCACCGUGCUGUCUGGACUCUGCCUUCCGAGUUUUUUAUGCGAGAACGCGCCGAAUGGAAGCGUUGCCAAAUCUCGGUGGGCUUCCUGAAAACCCGUCGACACACCCAAAUCGAGGAUUUCAUUGGGUUUUCCGAGGAAUUGGCGGACAAAAUCGGCGCCAAAAUCCCGUGGAAAUUGUGGGUUUCCGACCCGGUUUUGGCUUACAAAUCACUUGUGGCGCCAUUUUCCCCGGCUCAAUAUCGAAUUUGUGGGCCCAAUUCGAAUCCGCAGGCCAGAGAAUAUGUCAUGGCGUUGAAAUCGAAUGAUUUUUCUGUGUUUUGGAUAGCUUUUGUUGUGUUUGUUAUCAUUUUGGCUUGGUUUUUGAAAUAA